GGGGGGCCGGAGCGGCUUGCUGAGUAGGAGGCGGCGGUGGCUGAGGCCGGGGAGUGCGGAGAGCCGUCUCCGGGGCUAGGCCCUUCGGGGGUCGGAGGGGGGCCCGGUCUUGGUUUCUUUGGCAGAGGGGCCGGUGAAGCCGGCGGCUGAGCGGCGAGAUGAAUUUCCUCCGCGGGGUGAUGGGGGGUCAGAGUGCCGGCCCCCAGCACACAGAAGCUGAGACGAUUCAGAAGCUCUGCGACCGAGUAGCUUCCUCUACGCUAUUGGAUGACCGAAGAAAUGCUGUGCGUGCUCUUAAAUCACUUUCAAAGAAAUAUCGCUUGGAAGUAGGAAUCCAAGCCAUGGAACAUCUUAUCCAUGUUUUACAAACGGAUCGUUCGGAUUCUGAAAUAAUAGCUUAUGCUUUGGACACACUCUAUAAUAUAAUAUCUAAUGAUGAAGAGGAAGAAGUAGAAGAAAAUUCUACAAGACAGAGUGAGGAUUUGGGAAGCCAGUUUACGGAAAUUUUCAUUAAGCAGCCAGAAAAUGUCACUCUCCUGUUGUCUUUGUUGGAGGAGUUUGAUUUCCAUGUCCGCUGGCCUGGCGUGAGACUCCUGACUUCUCUCUUAAAACAGCUAGGGCCUCCAGUGCAGCAAAUCAUCUUAGUCAGCCCCAUGGGUGUUUCAAGACUAAUGGACUUACUGGCAGAUUCCAGAGAAAUUAUACGUAAUGAUGGUGUCUUACUGCUGCAGGCACUAACGAGGAGCAAUGGAGCAAUACAGAAAAUUGUUGCUUUUGAAAAUGCUUUUGAGAGACUGUUGGACAUUAUUACAGAGGAAGGAAACAGUGAUGGAGGUAUAGUAGUGGAAGACUGCUUGAUUUUGCUCCAGAACUUGUUAAAAAACAACAAUUCCAAUCAAAACUUUUUUAAAGAAGGCUCAUAUAUUCAACGUAUGAAACCUUGGUUUGAAGUUGGAGAUGAAAAUUCUGGUUGGUCAGCACAGAAAGUGACCAAUUUACACUUAAUGCUACAGCUUGUGCGGGUACUAGUAUCUCCCACCAACCCACCUGGGGCUACCAGCAGCUGCCAGAAGGCCAUGUUCCAGUGUGGAUUACUACGGCAACUUUGCACUAUCCUGAUGGCUACUGGAAUUCCUGCUGAUAUCCUGACUGAGACAAUAAACACUGUAUCAGAAGUUAUCCGAGGCUACCAAGUAAACCAAGGCUACUUUGCUUCUGUGAAUGCACCUUCAAAUCCCCCAAGACCAGCAAUUGUUGUACUUCUCAUGUCCAUGGUUAACGAAAGGCAGCCUUUUGUACUGCGCUGUGCCGUUCUCUACUGUUUCCAGUGCUUCUUAUAUAAAAACCAGAAGGGACAAGGGGAGAUUGUGGCAACGCUUCUUCCUUCCACUAUUGACGCAACUGGUAACUCCGUGUCCGCGGGUCAGCUGCUCUGUGGAGGUUUGUUCUCAACGGACUCCCUUUCAAAUUGGUGUGCAGCUGUGGCCCUCGCCCAUGCACUGCAGGGGAACAGCACCCAGAAGGAACAGCUGCUCCGGGUUCAGCUGGCCACAAGCAUCGGCAACCCCCCUGUGUCCCUGCUGCAGCAGUGCACCAACAUCCUUGCCCAGGGCGAUAAGAUCGACAGACGGGGAAGCAAAAUACAGACAAGAGUCGGGUUGUUAAUGUUGCUUUGUACCUGGCUAAGCAACUGUCCUAUUGCAGUGACACAUUUUCUUCACAAUUCAGCCAAUGUUCCAUUUCUUACAGGACAAAUUGCAGAAAAUCUUGGAGAAGAAGAGCAGUUGGUCCAAGGCUUAUGUGCCCUCCUUUUGGGCAUUUCAAUUUAUUUCAACGAUAACUCACUAGAAAACUACACAAAAGAGAAACUAAAGCAACUAAUAGAGAAGCGGAUUGGCAAAGAGAAUUUCAUAGAGAAACUAGGAUUUAUUAGCAAACAUGAGCUGUAUUCCAGAGCAUCUCAGAAACCCCAGCCAAACUUUCCGAGUCCAGAGUACAUGAUAUUUGAUCAUGAGUUUACAAAGCUGGUGAAAGAACUUGAAGGGGUUAUUACCAAGGCCAUUUAUAAGUCCAGUGAAGAAGAUAAGAAAGAGGAAGAGGUAAAGAAAACCUUAGAACAGCACGAUAACAUUGUGACUCACUAUAAGAAUAUGAUCCGUGAACAAGACCUACAGCUGGAGGAACUGAAGCAGCAAGUUUCCACGCUGAAAUGUCAGAAUGAGCAGCUGCAGACGGCAGUCACACAGCAAGCGUCUCAGAUUCAGCAGCACAAGGAUCAGUACAAUCUUCUCAAGGUUCAGCUUGGAAAAGACAAUCACCAUCAAAGUUCUCACGGUGAUGGGGCUCAGGUGAAUGGCAUUCAGCCAGAAGAAAUCAGCCGGCUGAGAGAAGAGAUACAAGACUUAAAAAGUCAUCAGGAGCUCUUACAAAGCCAGCUAGCUGAAAAGGACUCUUUGAUCGAAAACUUGAAAUCUUCGCAAGCAUCUGGCAUGAACAAACAGACUUCAGCAUCAGCUUCACCCUCAGAUCCCGAGCAGGUUGCAGAGUUAAAGCAGGAAGUGGCAACAUUAAAGUCCCACUUAAGCUCACAGUCUCUUGAGAUUACCAGACUCCAGGCAGAAAACCAUGAGCUGCUACAGAGAGCCGAAGUCUUGACAAAAUCAGUUCCUAUACAAGGAGAAUGUGAGAAUGUGGCAGCUGCUAAAACUACUGAUGUAGAAGGGAGACUAUCUGCCUUGCUGCAGGAGACGAAAGAGUUAAAGAAUGAAAUUAAAGCAUUGUCUGAGGAGAAAACUGCCAUUAAAAAGCAGCUGGAUUCCUCUAACAGCACUAUCGCCAUCCUACAAACCGAGAAGGACAAGUUAGACUUGGAAGUUACAGAUUCUAAGAAAGAACAAGAUGAUCUUUUGGUGCUACUGGCCGAUCAAGAUCAGAAAAUCCUGUCGUUGAAGAGUAAACUCAAGGAUCUCGGUCACCCAGUUGAAGAAGAAUAUGAAUCUGGAGACCAAGAUGAUGAUGAUGAAGAAAUUGAUGAUGGUGACAAGGACCAGGAUAUCUAGCUUUAAACCCUAGGAGUGAUAGCAAUUAUGUCAUUGUGUUGAAGAAGUCUUAAGACAGUGCUUUGGUUUGCCUCCACAGAAAAUAAAGACAGAACAGGUGGAAAGCAUUCGCUAAUGAAACUAUUGAUGUAUGUUUUUUUUUUUUUUUUUAAUAUUGCCACUCAUGUGGAGAACUCUAACUUCAUGUGGAAGUUCUAUUUAUGUUCAUCUGAAAUCUCCCAAAAUACAAUUUGCAAAGAGCAUCAGGCUUCAGAAAUACACCACUUGAAGGCGUGUGCUGGCAAUGCAGUUUGCCUUACUGGCUCACUGGUUGUUUGCUUUUCAGAAUCUGUGAGUUCAGAACUGACAUAUUUGAUUUAAUGUGUAUUGAAUGGGAAUCAUUAUUUCUAAAUCAGCAUUUGCAUUCUCAGCUGAUUACUUCCUUGUAAAGACUCUACAUAAAGACAGGAUAGCCUUGGCUCAGGGGUCCUGUGUAUUAUCACCCCUUCCCCACUGUGCCUCCCAGAGAGCAGAAUGGGACAGUUUAGAGUGAGUGUUUGCCAUCAACAGGGCCACACUCUGCCUUCUGAAAGGAAAGACUGCAGGAGUGUGGAGGGCAGUCUGGGAAACUGCAGCAAUCUAGUAAUGUGGCUGGUUUUCUCUGUUUAAGCUAAAGAUGGAAAAUAAAUUGUAGUCAGCAGUUCACACAGCUGGGAUUUAGUAUUGUUUGAUUAUCAUAAAAUGCGUUCUUAGUUUUAAAAAGACCCAAAACUAUGAUUUAUAUAAUUUAUUGGCAUUUUUGCUGAAUAGGUGUAAGUCAGAAAAUAGAUUUUUAAAAAGCAAAUGAAGCAAUGUGUCAAAGUCUAAUGUUUUCAUAAUAAAAAUAGAUAUUAUGUUCACUUAA